AUGUUCGCUCUCCGCUUUGCCUCGCUCUUCCUCGCUGCGUCUACCGCACUUGUCUCUGCUGUCCCGACGCCGAUACCCACACCCGCCGAGCUGGAGAAGCGUGCAUCGAUCGCGAAGAUCACGGGCGUCCUCAACACCCUCGAGGGGUCCGUGAGCGGCAUCCUCCCCCAAAUUGACUCCCUCGUGGCCAGCGGCACGGCCGUCACCGCCGGCGCGCUCUCGCCGCUCAUCUUCGAGCUGAGCACGGCGCUCAACACCGCGACGACCGCCCUCGCGCUGCUCUCCAUCGGGCUGCGCGACCUCCCCGACUCGCCCGAGAGGCGCCAGACGGCGCAGGACGUCGCGGACCUCGCCGCCGGCCUCGUGACCGACAUCGCGGACACCCUCGGGCCCGUGGAGGCGCUCGGCGUCGCCGGGCUCGCCGGCCUCCUCGGCACCGUCGACACCGCGCUCAACGGCGUGCUCGUCGGCCUCAACGGGCUCCUUGCCGGCGUGCUUACACUCGUUGCUGGCCUUGUUGGCCCCGUCGCAGGCAUUCUCGGCUCGCUCGGCCUCGGCGCCGUCCUGGGCUCCCUCGGACUCUAA